UGGAGCUGUCAGUUAGCGGGGGCUGAGGGGAAGUGGAGGGACGGGGCCCGCUGCCCGGGAACCGAAGGCCUCGCCGUUAGUUCUCCCUCAUCCACACCCCCCACCACCACCUACCCCGGCGGCGGGGGAUGGCGGCCGACGGCGCCGGCAAGCUGCGGCGCCAGCUGGAGGCCCCGCGCUUCGACCCGGCCCUCUACGUCAAGCAGCUGUCGCAGCAGUCGGACGGCGACCGCGACCUGCAGGAGCACCGGCACCGCAUCCAGAGCCUGGCCGACGAGACGGCGCAGAACCUGAAGAAGAACGUGUACAAGAACUACCGGCAGUUCAUCGAGACGGCGCGGGAGAUCUCCUACCUGGAGGGCGAGAUGUACCAGCUCAGCCACAUCCUCACCGAGCAGAAGGGCAUCAUGGACGGCCUGACCCAGCUGCUGCUGGCCGCCGACCGGGAGCAGCACCUCCAGCCCGGGGCUGCGGCCUCCGCCGCCUCCUCCUCCUCCUCCCCCUCGCCGCCGCCCGACGCCUCGCUGCUGCCCCCCCGGCAGGCGGAGGAGCACCGGCAGCGGACGCUGACGCCGCUGCUGCAGAAGGUGGAAGGCUGCCAGGAGCUGCUGCAGGCGCCCGGCCGCUCCCUCGUCUACAACGGCGACCUGCUGGAGUGCGACCCGGAGAGCGGCGCUCAGCUGCGGCGGGUGCACGCCUUCCUCCUCAGCGACUGCCUGCUGGUGGCCGCCUGGCUGCCGGGCCGCCGCGGCGCCGGCGCCCUCCGCUACCGCUUCGACGCCGUCUACCAGCUGGACAGCUUCGCGGUGGUGAACGUGAAGGACGCGGGCCCGAUGCGCGACAUGUUCAAGGUGCUGAUGUUCCCCGACACCCGCGUCUUCCAGGCCGAGAACGCCAAGGUGAAGAAGGAGUGGCUGGAGAUCCUGGACCAGACCAAGAAGGACAAGGCGCUGAGCGAGCGCCGGGAGCUGGAGAAGGCCGAGGCCCUGCGGCUGGCGGCGGCCCAGGAGGCGGCGGAGGAGGAGCAGCAGCGGAGGAGGCCCCUGCCGUCCAACCCGUUCGAGGAGGAGGCCGAGGAGGAGCCGCGGGACCUCACCCUGGACUGGAUCCAAGAGCUGCCCGAGGACCUGGACGUCUGCAUCGCCCAGCGGGACUUCGAGGGCGCCGUGGAUCUGCUGGACAAGCUGUCGGCCUACCUGACGGGAGCCGACGGGCAGCCCGGGGUGCGGCAGCUGAGGGGCCGGGUGGAGCAGCGGGUGAGGCGGCUGACCGACGUGCUGGUGUACGAGCUGUCGCCCGGGCGCUCGCUGCGAGGCGGCCCGCGGGCCACCCGGCGCGCCGUCUCGCAGCUCAUCCGCCUCGGCCAGUCCACCAAGGCGUGUGAGCUGUUCCUGAAGAACCGGGCGGCCGCCGUGCACACCGCCAUCCGCCAGCUGCGCAUCGAGGGCGCCACCCUGCUCUACAUCCAUAAGCUCUGCCACAUCUUCUUCACCGGCCUGCUGGACACGGCCCGCGAGUUCCAGAUGGACUUCGCCGGCGACAGCGGCUGCUACUCGGCCUUCGUGGUGUGGUCGCGCUCGGCCACCCGCCUCUUCGUGGACGCCUUCAGCAAGCAGGUGUUCGACAGCAAGGAGAGCCUGGCCACCACGGCCGAGUGCGUGGAGGUGGCCAAGGAGCACUGCAGCAAGCUGAGCGAGAUCGGCCUGGACCUCACCUUCACCCUGCAGGCGCUGCUGGUCAAGGACAUCAAGGCCGCCCUCCACAGCUACAAGGGCAUCAUCAUGGAGGCCACCAAGCACCGCAACUCGGAGGAGAUGUGGAGAAGGAUGAACCUGAUGACCCCCGAGGCCCUGACAAAGCUGAAGGAGGAGAUGAAGGGCAGUGGCAUCACCAACUUCGACCAGUACACGGGCGACGAUUGCUGGGUGAACCUCAGCUACACCAUCGUGGCCUUCACCAAGCAGCUGAUGGCCUUCUUGGAGGAAGGAUUGAAGCUCUACUUCCCUGAGCUGCACAUGGUUCUGUUGGAGAGCCUCCAAGAGAUCAUCCUGGUGGCGGUACAACACGUUGACUACAGCCUGCGCUGCGAGCAGGACCCAGAGAAGAAGGUUUUCAUUCGCGACAAUGUCUCCUUUCUUUACGAGACGGUCCUCCCGGUGGUGGAGAGACGGUUUGAGGAGGGAGUUGGAACACCGGCCAAGCAGCUCCAAGAUCUUCGCAAUGGCUCCCGAAUUAUUCGUGUCAAUCCAGAGAGCACCAAUUCCUUUGUGUGAACAUCUGAGUACUUAUUGCAGCUGAUUUAUUGUAGGUAAAUGGAACCACAAUACAGAUCUGCAUUGAGCUGGGAAAGGCACUGAACAGCCCACUGCUGUUCUGGAACUAGUAGAGUAAGAAUAUCAUUGCAUUCAGUUGUAUGAGAGGUCAGCAUCACUGGAGUACGUGCUACGGCCGGCACUAACAUUGUUUAUAUGAUGAGAGAAACUGGAAUAAAAAUAAAAUAAUUAAA